AUGGCCUCUGCACUUAAUCCCGCGACUUCAACCGUGCUGAUUGUCGGCGGCGGCACCUGGGGCAGCUCGACAGCCCUCCAUCUUGCCCGCCGCGGCUACAAGAACAUCACCGUGCUCGACCCCUACCCCGUCCCCUCGGCCAUAUCUGCCGGCAACGAUGUGAACAAGAUCGUCGAGCAAGGCCUCUUCUCCGGCAACGACGACGACGAGGCCUAUGCCAGCAACACGCUGCUCGUCCACGCCGGCGACGCGUGGAAAUCCGACCCCGUCUUCCAGCCCUACUUCCAUGACACGGGCUACAUCAUCGCCGCCAGCGACCCAGACGCCAUCGCCGCCCUGUAUCGCCGCGAACAGCCGACCCCCGAGAAGGGAUUCGUCGACCUCAAGACGCCCGAUGCUUUCCGCAAGACCAUGCCCGAGGGCGUGUUGACCGGCGACUUUCCCGGCUGGCAGGGCGUGUAUAAGGCGACGGGCGCGGGCUGGGUGCAUGCGCGCAAGGCCCUGGUGGCCGCCGCCACCGAGGCGCAGCGGCUCGGCGCCGUCUAUGUCACGGGCGAUCCGCAAGGCAAGGUCACCGAGCUUGUCGUCGAGGAUGGCGACGUCAGGGGUGCCCACACUGCUGAUGGCAAGGUGUGGCGCGCCGACCGCACCAUCCUGUGUGCGGGCGCAACGGCGCCGCAGCUGCUGGACAUGAAGGAUCAGCUGCGGCCGACGGCGUGGACGCUGGCCCACAUCAAGAUGACGCCAGAGGAGGCGAAGCUGUACAAGGACCUGCCGGUGCUGUUCAACAUCGAGCGCGGCUUCUUUAUGGAGCCCGACGAAGACAACCACGAGCUCAAGAUGUGCGACGAGCACCCGGGCUACCUCAACUGGACCGAGGAUCCCAAGACCGGCCGCAUGGCCUCGUUGCCCUUUGCCAAGCACCAGAUCCCGCUUGAGGCGGAGAAGCGCGCGAGAGAUUUCUUGCAGGAAUGCAUGCCGCACUUGGCAAAGCGGCCCUUCAGCUUUGCCCGCAUCUGCUGGUGCGCCGAUACCCCUAACCGGUCCUUCAUCGUUACGCCGCACCCUGAGCACAAGAGCUUAAUCCUCGGCGUCGGCGCCAGCGGCCACGGCUUCAUGCAAAUCCCCGUCAUUGGCAGCUACAUUUCCGAUGCACUGGAGGAUAAGCUCGACGAGAGGAUGAAGAAGUGUUGGCGCUGGCGGCCCGAGACAGCGGUUGGCAGGGACUGGAAGGAUCGACAGGGCCGGUGGGGUGGCACAAACAAGGUCAUGGACUUCCAGGAUGUCAAGGAGGGGGAGUGGACGAGCAUUGCGCCGAGGAUGUGA